CGACACACACUUCCCUCAUCCCUUGUGCGUGAGAGAGAAAACAAAACCCCAAUUUCACAAGACUCAAAACUCACCGCCACCUUCUUUCUUCUCCAUAGCCAUAUCCACUCUCUCUCUCUCUCACACACACACACAUCUUUCUCACUCACUCCAUUCGCCAUGGCUGCGGAGCAAGCUCAACUGGCUGCAAUCCUCGGGCCAGAUUCAGCACCCUUUGAAACCCUUAUCUCUCAUCUCAUGUCUGCUUCCAACGAGCAACGGUCCCAAGCAGAGUCGAUUUUCAAUCUCAUCAAGCAAAACGAUCCGAAUUCGCUCGCUCUGAAGCUCGCCAACGUCCUCACCUCUUCCUCGCACCAGGAAGCCCGCGCCAUGUCAACAAUUCUCUUACGAAAGCUCCUCACGCGUGACGACUCGUUCAUUUGGCCCAAACUCACCGAGUCAACUCAGUCGGGGAUUAAAACCGUGCUCCUCACUUGCAUCCAACGCGAAGAAUCAAAAUCGAUAAUUAAGAAGUUGUGCGAUACUGUAUCGGAACUCGCCUCUUCGAUUCUCCCCGAAAACCAGUGGCCGGAAUUGUUGCCGUUUAUGUUUCAGUGUGUUACUUCUGAUUUACCUAAAUUGCAGGAAUCCGCGUUUUUGAUAUUCGCGUUGUUGGCACAGUAUGUUGGGGAAAUGUUAGUUCCGUAUAUUAAGGAUUUGCAUUCAGUGUUUAUGCAGACGCUGAAUCAUUCGCCCAAUCCUGAUGUGAGGAUUGCUGGAUUGAGUGCUGUGAUUAAUUUUAUUCAGUGUUUAUCGAGCUCGAACGAUAGGGAUAGGUUUCAGGAUCUGUUGCCUGCGAUGAUGAAGACGCUGACCGAGGCGUUGAACAGUGGGCAGGAGGCGACUGCGCAGGAGGCGUUGGAGUUGUUGAUUGAAUUGGCGGGUACUGAGCCUAGGUUUUUGAGGAGACAACUUGUUGAUGUGGUGGGUGCAAUGUUGCAAGUAGCCGAGGCAGAGAGUUUAGAAGAGGGGACGAGGCAUUUGGCCAUUGAGUUUGUGAUUACGUUGGCUGAGGCGAGGGAACGAGCGCCUGGAAUGAUGAGGAAAUUGCCGCAGUUUAUUAGUAGGUUGUUUGCUAUUUUGAUGAAGAUGUUGCUCGAUAUCGAGGAUGAGCCCGUCUGGCAUAGUGCUGAAGUUGAGCAUGAGGAUGCAGGGGAGACGAGUAAUUACAGUGUUGGUCAGGAGUGUUUGGAUCGUUUGGCGAUUGCAUUGGGCGGUAGUACUAUUGUUCCUGUUGCGUCAGAGCAGUUACCUCCUUACUUGGCUGCUCCCGAGUGGCAAAAGCACCAUGCUGCACUCAUUGCACUUGCUCAGAUUGCUGAAGGUUGCACAAAGGUGAUGAUUAAGAAUUUGGAGCAAGUGGUAAACAUGGUUUUGAGCUGUUUCCAAGAUCCUCAUCCUCGAGUGAGGUGGGCAGCUAUUAAUGCAAUUGGCCAGUUGUCAACUGACUUGGGGCCAGAUUUGCAAGUGCAAUACCACAGCAGAGUACUGCCGGCAUUGGCAUCAGCUAUGGACGAUUUCCAAAAUCCACGAGUACAGGCACAUGCUGCAUCAGCUGUCCUCAACUUCAGUGAGAAUUGCACACCAGAAAUUUUGACACCUUACUUAGAUGGAAUUGUUAGCAAACUGCUUGUACUUCUGCAGAACGGCAAACAAAUGGUGCAAGAAGGAGCAUUAACUGCUUUGGCUUCGGUGGCUGAUUCAUCCCAGGAGAACUUCCAGAAGUACUAUGACGCUGUAAUGCCAUAUUUGAAAACAAUCUUGGUAAAUGCGAAUGAUAAAUCUAACCGCAUGCUUCGAGCCAAAGCCAUGGAGUGCAUAAGCUUGGUUGGGAUGGCUGUUGGCAAGGACAAAUUCAGAGAUGAUGCUAAGCAGGUUAUGGAAGUGCUUAUGUCAUUACAAGGAUCACAAAUGGAGACGGAUGACCCUACUACUAGUUAUAUGUUGCAGGCAUGGGCCAGGCUUUGCAAGUGCUUGGGACAGGAUUUCCUUCCUUACAUGAGUGUAGUCAUGCCUCCUUUAUUACAGUCUGCUCAACUAAAGCCCGAUGUGACAAUAUCAUCUGCAGAUUCAGACAAUGAACUUGAUGAAUCAGAUGAUGAUAGUAUGGAGACCAUAACUCUUGGGGAUAAAAGAAUAGGCAUCAAGACAAGCGUCUUAGAGGAGAAGGCUACAGCUUGUAAUAUGCUAUGCUGCUAUGCUGAUGAGCUAAAGGAAGGUUUCUACCCAUGGAUUGAUCAGGUUGCUCCGACGUUAGUUCCACUUCUCAAAUUCUAUUUCCAUGAGGAAGUAAGGAAAGCGGCGGUGUCAGCAAUGCCGGAGCUGUUACGUUCUGCUAAACUGGCUGUAGAAAAAGGGAUUGCUCAGGGCCGAAAUGAGUCCUAUGUCAAGCAAUUAUCCGACUACAUUAUACCAGCUUUGAUUGAAGCUUUGCAUAAGGAGCCUGAUACAGAAAUAUGUGCAAGUAUGUUAGAUGCAAUUAAUGAGUGUGUGCAGAUCUCUGGACUACACCUGGAUGAAGGUCAGGUCCGAAGCAUUGUGGAAGAGAUAAAGCAGGUCAUCACAGCCAGUUCAAGUCGAAAACGAGAACGUGCAGAGAGGGCCAAAGCUGAAGACUUUGAUGCCGAGGAAAAUGAGUUGCUAAGGGAGGAAAAUGAGCAAGAAGAAGAAGUUUUUGACCAAGUUGGUGAAAUAUUGGGCACACUUAUCAAGACAUUCAAGGCAGCCUUCUUGCCUUUCUUUGACGAACUUUCAUCGUAUCUCAUGCCUAUGUGGGGCAAGGAUAAAACAGCUGAAGAAAGGAGGAUAGCAAUUUGUAUCUUUGAUGACGUUGCAGAGCAGUGCCGUGAAGCAGCUUUAAAGUACUAUGACACAUAUCUACCUUUCCUUUUGGAAGCAUGCAAUGACGAAAGUCCGGAUGUCCGGCAGGCUGCUGUGUAUGGACUUGGUGUAUGUGCAGAAUAUGGGGGUUCUGUUUUCAAACCUCUUGUUGGAGAGGCUCUAUCAAGGCUCAAUGUCGUUAUUAGGCAUCCUAAUGCUCUUCAACCUGAGAAUGUAAUGGCAUAUGAUAAUGCUGUUUCAGCAGUGGGGAAGAUAUGUCAAUUUCAUCGUGACAGUAUUGACUCAGCCCAGGUUGUUCCUGCUUGGUUGAAUUGCCUUCCCAUAAAAGGUGACCUGAUUGAGGCCAAGGUUGUUCAUGACCAACUCUGUUCAAUGGUUGAAAGGUCAGACCGAGAACUUCUGGGUCCUGACAAUCAGUACCUUCCAAAAAUUGUGUUGGUUUUUGCCGAGGUUCUAUGUGCCGGUAAGGACCUUGCUACAGAGCAAACCGCUAGUCGGAUGAUUAAUCUGUUGAGGCAGCUUCAGCAAACAUUACCACCAGCCACACUAGCCUCAACAUGGUCAUCCUUGCAGCCUCAGCAGCAGAUAGCACUGCAAUCCAUUUUAUCAUCGUAGUGGUAUGGAGGAUGACAAUUUUCUCCAAUGCAAUGAAGCUGCUAGGCUGUAGCUUCGCGUGUGUCAUAUUUCAUUCUCGAUUCUUUCUCAUAAAACAUCAUUCAUUUGGGCUUUUUGAGGUCAUGCAUCAGCCUGUUGUCACUUUGGUUGAAAGUGUGUGAGCAAAGACGGAAAACCCUUCUGUUUUUGUAGAAUGUGUAUAUUAGAAAUGUUGCAUUUGAGUCCUCCUGCAAGGGUAGGAGUGUCGGUGAUUAUGUUGAGAAGUUUUGUUUAUCAAAUGAGUUUUAAGCUCAAGGGUCGUCAGGGAGACGGCAUUUGUCACAGUUUUGUUCUGAGUCAUCUUGUUCUUUACAUUGUGGGGAUGGUACAAGGAUUAAAUUAUAAAUGGUGAUUCUUUGUUGCUUUGAUGAA